AAUGUCAUAAUUUAUUUUAUCUGUUUGUUCGUUGUCUUUGUACCACUCUUCCCUGUUAGUAGCGUGAAAAAUAAAAAUUAUUAUUAUUUUAGUUGUCCGAGUCGGGCGCCUGUAAACACUUCUCGGGUAGCUGCGAACUAGACAAUGACGUCAUACUUUGAGGAGCAUGACUGUGAUGAGCCGGACCGAACCCAGAUGACCGCAGGAGACGCGGGAAGCACGCUGAUGCAGCUCGCACGCCUGCUGCUGGAGGGGGGGGAUGUGGGGGCGCACUGGGGGCCAUCCGGGGGCACUCCGGCCCCCCCAGCCUCCCUCGCCGCUGUGGAGGCCCUUGCCAGGACUCCCGUGGCAGAGACCGGGGCGUCUCCCCCGUGCCCCGUGUGUCUGGCCUCCCUGUGCGGGGAGCUGGGCACCUCCCUGCCCUGCUCCCACCUCUUCCACGAUUCCUGCAUCAGACCCUGGCUGCAGCAGACGAAUUCGUGUCCCGUCUGCCGCUACGAGCUCCCCACCGAUGACCCCGAGUACGAGGCGCAGAGAAGAGAGAAGGAGGCGGAGAAGGAGCGGUUGCACCGCGUCCAGGUCCUGCACGACUCCAUGUUCGCUUGACUCCACGCCCCACGUGGACACCGCCGCCGCCUUGCAGAGCGAGCGAGGGGAAGCCCUAUCAACCUCCUCACACCACCACCACCACAACCAGCACCACCACAACCAGCACCACCACCACAACAACCAGCACCACC